AUGGCUCCAAUUACCAACAAGAAAGCUAAGGCUGCUAAGAAGUUCGUCGUUGACACUUCUGCUCCAACUGAAAACGGUGUCUUUGACCCAUCUUCAUACGUCAAGUUCUUGAUUGAAAACAUCAAGGUUGAUGGUAUUGCUGGUAACUUAGGUGACGAAAUUACCGUCACUGAAGAAGGUUCCAAGGUUAUUGUUGUUUCUAACACCAAGUUCUCCGGUAAGUACUUAAAGUACUUAUCCAAGAGAUACUUAAAGAAGAACCAAAUCAGAGACUGGAUCAGAUUCGUCUCUGUUAAGCAAAACCAAUACCAAUUACAAUUCUACUCCGUUGCUGACGAAGAAGAAGAAGAUGACGAAUAG